CCGUGGGACACAAAAGGCGUUUUCUCAGACACAGGACUAGAAAAUACACCAAAACGCAACAUAAAAUCACAAAAGACGUCAAUUUAAUCCGCUUUAAUCCACAUCUUUAUAAUCCAUACGACUGCGAGGAACAGAUCCAAAUUGAAUUCUUCAUCCAUCGAUCUUCUUCAUUUCCGUCCUCAACAACCGUAAACAAAUCCAGCGAUCGUUAUGAAUUCAAAAAUUGCCGCCGUCAAAAAGCUUGACACGACACGUUUUACGGCAGUGAUGUCAACGCUCAUUGGCUCUCGCCUGCUUCGUCACAGAUUGCGACAUGCCGUGAAGUGAAGUGAAGUGAAGUGAAGUGAAGUGAAGUGGAAAUGGAAUACCAUUUUCGUGGAUUAAUAACUUAAAUUCUGCUCUGUACCUGAUAUAAAACGAUUAUAUAUCACCAGAGAGGACUGCGACUGCAACACAUCAUCAUUCGGACUACUAUUGUGUCCUCUAUGGAGAACAUGAUGUGUGGCGUGAGAGCGGCAUGGAUUGUCGGACUUAGCAACAGUAUCUAAGAGGGGAGGGUCUUUGCAAGAGGUCCAUUGCAAGUUCAAAUUAUUUACAUUUUUUGGGACUUGGUCGGACUCGACUCGGACGCGGAUGUUAAGGACUCGGACUCAAGUCUGGUAUAAUGCCAUUUCUACAAGAUGUAAAAUAAGUCUCUGAUGUCCCCAGAGUGUAGGCCGUACAGUUGGACGCAUUACCAGUUUACGCUCAAUUAAAAAACAUGGCCGAUUGCACAGAGGUUGUCGUCAGUGAAUCCUCAUGGAGUCCAGACUUCAUCCAGGAGCUUCUUCCAUCUGCGGAGCGAACGGCUCUCCUCCAUCAUCUGUCAUUCUUGUGUCUGGGAGGCUUCCCAAAGCUGGAGUAUCUGAUCAGAAAACAAGCUAUUGAAACACAAAUGCUGUUCAGAUCCUCUGAGGCUGUUCUGCUGAAGUGUGUCAGCACGAGUUCCAACAUGGUCACUUCGCUGUUCCCGUUAGUAAUAGAAGCUGUUGAGAAGAACAAAACCUUUCUGGUUGUGAAAUACCUGGUGAAAGUCAAAACAUGGAUCGAUGACAUCGUCAGAGCCGUGGAUGACAUUGUAACGAGGUAUGAACAUCAAACCCAAAGAGUGGAAACAUGCAUCGUUGAUGUGGUUCAAGAACAGAAAGAGACUGAAGAAAAUGUAAAGAAACACACUGUCGAGAUGAAGGCUCUGGAGGAUGCUCUGGCCAAGCUUGAACUGGAGCUGAGCAAAACUGCCUCUGAAAAUAACAGUCCUCUAAACCAAGAGUGGGACAUCAAAAUCAGACUGAUUGAUCUUCAGAUGAAGUUGGCCAAUUGCAAAAUACAACAGGGUGCGAUACCCAGUCCUGACCACCUGGAGGAAGUCCAGAAGAGUCUUGAUCAAAUCCGACAAAUUCUGCUUGAUCUUAAAAAGUUCUGGGAGAAAGUGGGUGUUACGCUGGACACACUGAAAGAGAAGUCCUUUGUUGGGCAGGAUCUGAUUGAUAUCCCGGAAGACAUGAAGGAGGAGUUUCUGAACUCCAUUGAAAUAGCAGGAAAGUACUGGAAGAGAUUUGAUGAAUGCUGUCAGAGGGCACAGGGCAUCUUCAGCGUUCAGUCUAAGGAUGCAUAUAAAUUCCUGGAGAUCAAUCCAUCUUCAUUUUUAAAGGAUGAAUGGAAUAAGCAGUAUGAGUCUAUCAUGGAGAAGCUGAGGAAUAUCAGUCCUCAGGGCUUGACCACAGCCACCAUCACUGAGUGACAGACAGAGAUCUGAUGCUUCUUUCACACUUUAAACGCUCUUUAUAUGGCAUACACAUUUAUGCAUGCAGCUUAUAUUGUCAUUUUUGUAACGCUUUGUAAUCUUUACAACUGUUCAUGCAAGUUACAAUUCCAUGUAUAAUUUCUUUAGUGAGUUGAUAUUAGGAAUGUAUUUCUCAGUUGUAUGCUAUUUCUGUUAAAAUGGCUUUGCAUUUCAUUAUAGUUUAUAGAUCUUGUGGUGGGUCUGGUCACAUGACUGAUUAUGUCACACAAUAAAGACUAAAGACAUUCAACAUCAAA